GGUAGAAGUAAUCUAAAAUACAUUUACAGAUACAUAAACAUAAAGUAGCCCAGGAUGUUUUUACAAAGAGUUGGACUAAUGGUAUCAGCUGUGUUGCUGUUUCGUGGGUGCUCUGCUGAUGAUCAAUGCAAGUCCUACAGUGAAUUGGAUUCCAAGCCAAAGACUGUAGCUGCUUCCACCCAUCAUGAUUGUUAUUUAGCGUGUUUGGCGGAUCCUAACUGCCCUAAUUACAACUGGGGUCCUAAUUGUCAAAUUACCUUGGCAACUUCGCCGAUCGACACUUCCUCAAACCAGCGGGCUUCGAGCGUAAAUAUUUGUGUUAAUGAUCCCUCACAUUGCUCAGCAUAUGCUCUAUUCAUUAUCAAAGAUCCUAUACUUGUCGCUCAUGCGGUGAAUCAUCAGCAGCCGAAACUCCCACCACAACGGAACUAACCGCAACGCCACCAACUAUAACGCUACCAACCACAACUGAACC